CGGCGGGCAGUGCGGCCCGGCUCUCCGGCGGCAGCGAGUGCCACGUCCCAAGUGCUACGCGGAGGAGCGGAGCGCGCGGGGGGCGGGGAGCAGCGCGGUUCCACACUAAUCGCCCGCCGCCAUGGGGUCCUCGCAGAGCGUCGAGAUCCCUGGCGGGGGCACGGAAGGCUACCACGUCCUUCGGGUACAAGAAAAUUCCCCAGGACAUAGAGCUGGACUGGAGCCAUUCUUUGAUUUUAUUGUUUCUAUUAAUGGUUCGAGAUUAAAUAAAGACAAUGACACUCUUAAGGAUCUACUGAAAGCAAAUGUUGAAAAGCCUGUAAAAAUGCUGAUCUACAGUAGUAAAACACUGGAGCUGCGAGAGACGUCUGUCACACCCAGCAACAUGUGGGGCGGCCAGGGCUUACUGGGAGUGAGCAUUCGUUUCUGCAGCUUUGAUGGGGCAAAUGAAAAUGUUUGGCAUGUAUUGGAAGUAGAAUCAAAUUCUCCUGCGGCACUGGCAGGUCUUAGACCUCACAGUGAUUAUAUCAUUGGAGCAGACACAGUCAUGAAUGAGUCUGAAGAUCUGUUCAGCCUUAUUGAAACACAUGAAGCAAAACCAUUGAAACUUUAUGUGUAUAAUACAGACACUGAUAACUGCCGAGAAGUGAUUAUUACACCAAAUUCUGCGUGGGGUGGAGAAGGCAGCCUAGGAUGUGGCAUUGGAUACGGUUAUUUGCAUCGAAUACCAACACGCCCGUUUGAAGAAGGGAAGAAAAUUUCUCUUCCAGGACAGAUGACUGGUACACCUAUUACUCCUCUUAAAGAUGGGUUUACAGAGGUCCAGCUGUCCUCAGUUAAUCCCCCAUCUUUGUCACCACCAGGAACUACAGAAAUUGAACAGGGUCUGUCUGGACUUUCUAUUAGCUCAACUCCACCAGCUGUCAGUAAUGUUCUCAGUACAGGUGUCCCAACAGUACCAUUAUUGCCACCACAAGUAAACCAGUCCCUCACUUCUGUGGCGCCACUGAACCCAGCUCCUACCUUACCAGGUCUGAUGCCUUUACCAGCGGGACUACCUAACCUGCCUGCCCUCCCCAACCUCAACCUCCCCGCACCGCAUGUCAUGGCAGGCGUCAGCUUACCGGAACUCGUGAACCCGGGUUUGCCACCUCUUCCUUCUUUGCCUCCCCGAAACUUAUCUGGCAUUGCACCUCUCCCCAUGCCAUCCGAGUUCCUCCCGUCAUUCCCUUUGGUUCCAGAGGUGUCUUCUGCAGCAAGCCCAGGGGAGCUGCUCUCCUCCCUCACGCCCGCCGGCAGCCCACCUUCUGACCCUGUCACGACCACUGCAAGGGCCGACGCUGCCUCCGCACCCGCUGUGGAUGUGACGCCCCCCACUCCCAAGGCCCCCAGCACUGUUGAGGACAGAGCCUGCGAAUCCACCCCAGCCAACGAGAAGCCUGUCUCUGCGGUUACGGAUGCAAGUGCCCCCGAGUCACCCUAGCUUUGAACCUGUCUUCGGAGUCAGCGUGGUGGGCUUAUUUACCCACGGAAGUGUGUCUGGAAAUGCAAACUAUCGUUAAUUUCAUACUAGUUUGUACUGUAUCUGUAGGCAUCCUGUAAAUAAUUCUAAGGGGAAAACUAAGGAAGAGGACGUGGGCUUGUAUCCUGCCAAGUCAGGGUGGGGCUCACAGGCUGGGGAGGGAAAUGUCGGAGAGUGCUUGUAUUUUAAAGCAACCAAAAAGAAUUGUAAGAGUGGCUUGCUGCCAGGUUUCCAGUGCCAUUCUUGGGGGGUAUACAUCUUCGGGAAAGGUGGUGACAGGGCGUCCACUAGGCUCCCUGUCGCCCUGCUGCUCCUUCUGUAAGUAAAUGAAAUACUUUAUGCCUGGUACUCACACGCAACAUUUCUUGUAUUUUGUAAAUCGGUUUUGAGAAUGCAGACCACCUCACUAAAUCGUGAAAGGAAAAGCUGUUUUACUUUUGGUAUCUGUGAGUCACAGCUCUCUAAAGAUUUACACGAAAAUUGCAACUAAAGAUGUUUGGUGAAGUUACACAGUGUGCGCUAUUAAUUGAACAUCUUUUUACUCAGCCUACACCCAGAUCUUCGUUCAGAGCGCUCAGCGUUACUGAGACAGCGUUUUGUAGCUGCUGCCGUUGCUUUAUACACCCACCAUAAAAUGGCAUUUAGAAAGAGGGAAAGGAGGUGUUGCACAGUUUUAAGCUGGAAGGUGGCACUUUGUGGCUACUUAUUAUAGCUCUACUGGAAAAGCAUAGAUACAGCAAUAAAUUACAGUAAUUUUAUUUUUCUUCUUGUGGUGCGUUUAAAUGAGAACUAAUUACCAUGUAUGCACUCGUUCCUCUCCACUAUGUCGCACAUCUUUAAUGUAAUUUUUCAUGUCUUAUGUUUGCUUUUUCUUAAGUUUUCUAAGAGAUGGUAAGUUAAGUGGAAUUGAUUUAUUGAAUGAAAUUAAAUGCAUAUUAUAUCUGUUUUUUAAA